AUGCGGCUUGCUGUUGCUUCGCUGGCUCGGCACACAGCAUGGCCAAAGGUGCACCGGUUUGCUCCGAGCAAAGCUCCUUCACUGCGCAUUCAACAACUCCGGCAGGCAGGUGAGCUCCAAGUGCCCUUCACCACGGGUUUGUUGAUCGGGAUUGGUGAGACCCAGUCCGAUCGUCUGAGAGGCCUAGAGCUCAUCGCCCAUUUGGCGGAGGAAUUUGGACACAUCCAAGAGGUCAUUCUCCAACCUCAUUCGUGGGGCAGUCGCCAGACACUGACGCCAACCAGUCGGUCAAGCCGGACGAGCGGGUCCAACAUCCUUUUGGGGUGUGAGGCGCUUGCAGUUUUGCCGGAGCUGGUCAGAGCUGCACGGAGCAUCCUGCCACCGGACGUGACCAUUCAGAUUCCACCGAACUUGUUUUUACACAGUCCAAAUUCCACCGAUUCAGGCAGCUUUUCAGAGAGCGAGAAUUGGCAGCUCUUCCUGGAAUGUCUUGAGAAUGGCGCUCAAGAUUUGGGCGGUAUCUCGCCCAGAGAUGAGGUCAAUCCAGACUUUCAAUUUCCUGCGAUCCAACAGCUUCAAGAAGCUCUUUUCAAGGAGGGCUACAUCCUUCAUCCGCGCCUUCCUGUUUAUCCACGACACUUCUCCUGGUUGUCCGCUAGAGUUGCACAGACAUUGCGUCAGAGAUUGCCCACCGUCUCGGACUUCACCCACGAAGGGCCCUGA